AUGAUUAAGGUUGGUGGAGUUACCCCAAAGAAGGGUGGAACAGAGCAUUUAGGGCUCCUUGUUUUCAUCUUAGUUGAAGACGAAAAAGCUGAAACCAAGGCUAAUGCAUCUGUAAUUUAUGUGCCUCCACCAUUUGCUGCAGCAGCAAUCAUGGAAGCAUUAGAGGUUGAAUUGGAUUUGAUUGUUUGCAUUACAGAAGCAAUUCCACAACAUGACAUGGUUCGUGUAAAGGCUGCUCUUAUUAAGCAGUCAAAAACUCGGUUGAAUGGACCAAAUUGCCCUAGUAUCAUUAAGCCUGGAGAAUGCAACAUCAGAAUCAUGUCUGGUUACAUUCAUAAACCGGGGCGUAUUGGUAUUGUAUCUCGAUCUGGCACACUAACUUAUGAAGUGGUAUACCAAACCACUACUGUAGGGCUAGGUCAAUCCACAUGUGUAGGUAUUGGUGAGGAUCCUUUUAACGGGACUAACUUUGAUGACUGCAUGAGAAAAUUCAUUGAUGACCCUCAGACAGAAGUCUUUAGUUUUUCCAUGUCUAUUCCGAAAUUUGAGGUUGAGUUGAGAAGAGAGCGUCAUGAGGGAUAUCUCAAGGAGAAGUAUAGACUUGCUCGUGUUAUGGAACAUAAGGUUUCAGAACAUGCAAGCUGGUCUGGAUGCUUCUACGUGCGAAUUCUCCAAACUGCCCUUGCAGCUAUUGGAGCUCCUGAAAAUCUUGUUGAAGUCAUAACCAGGUGUUGGCAGAAUGGAGCUGCUUUACAAUCUAGUGUACAAAACUGUGCAGGAGCUGAAAGAUUUUAUUCCCACAAAGACAUAUACGCUUCAUUUAUAGUUGCGGUUGUUAAGAUUGUUAAAUCUGUCUCUGCUGUAAGAGCUGAAAUUGUUGGAGGUGGAAAUGUGAGAGGUAUUAGUGAAGGUGAUGUUGACCAAUACUUCCCUCCUACUGUUAUUGUAAAUGUCAACCAUCAGAUGAAAUUGAUGCAAGAUGAAUUACCAUGCAAAAACUGUGAUAAAUAUGGGUGCAUUACUUCUGCAGAGACUGUUAUGUUAGAGAAGAAAAGCGUGGAUGAGUUUUUAUCCAAUAUAAGCAAUGGCAAAACUGUUAUUGUCUCACUUUCAGUUUAG